GCCCCAGCCCCAGCUCCCUGAACCCUGCCUUUCUCACCCCAUCCUGGGAGCCCCGAAGCAGAUCUUCACAGUCCCCACUGAUGGAGCCACACACAUCUCAUAGGAACCUUACAGAGACCCUCACAAACCCAGACACCUACGGACGUCCCCACAGAUGUCCGCAGACUACCCAAACACUCUCACAGAGAUCCAACAAACCCCUUUAAGAGAAGUGAGCCCCCUAAACUCGUCCCCUUUGGUCCAAUGCAGCCUCCUCUGGAGACCGGACUGUUGUUGCCACGGAGACUACCGGGCGUUCCGAUUGCUCUGGUGACAGAUCCCUCCUCUCCCGGCCCGGGUUCCAGAGGUUUCAGUCAAGCUCCUCCCUCAACGGCCCCGGAACCCCUCGUCCCUCCCCAAGUCCCCCUCCCCAGAUCUGGCCAGAGCUCCUUUGCGAAUUUCUGCAGGUGUCCAAGUCCCCUCGCCAAGUCGUAGACUUGAAGGCAAGGCCUCUCACUACAUAGCAAGUACAACCAGGUCUCAUCCAAGAGCCUUCCAUCCCUCGCUAACAUUUCCCCUUCCCAGCUUAAGACGAGAUCCUGACCUAAGGACUUGUAACAGCCAAAACAGGCCCAGAGAUGGAAGCAGACGAGGUCACAGAAGAGCCUCAAACCGCCAUGGAUGCAGAGGAACACCCCUCUUCAAAGGACCCCUCUGCCAAGGACUCACAGGAGCUCCCUGGCCCUGAAACAUCCUUUGAGACUUCCAUCCCUGAGACCCCUUUAGAGCCCCACACCUCUGAGAUCCCUUUAGAGCCCCACAUCUCUGAAUCUCAUAGGACACCAUCUGCUUCCCAAGCCCUUUUAGAGACCCACACCUCUGAAACCCCUUUGGCAACUUACAUCCCUGAGACCCGCUUAGAGCCCCACACCUCUGAAUCUCAUAUGACACCAUCUGCUUCCCAGGCCCCUUUAGAGAUCCACACCUCUGAAACCCUUUUGGAGCCUUCCAUCCCUGAGACCUCUUUAGGAUACUCUGUCUCGGAGAUCCCUUUGGAAACCCCUAUCCCUGAGACCCUAUUGGAGACUCACAUGUUUAAGGUCCCAGAGAAACACCUUUCUUUUCAUACCUCAUCACAAGGCCGUAUCACUGUACCUUCCUCUAAUACUCUGAAGGAAGACCUCUCUGAGUAUUCCUCCAGUGAGGUCUCACAGACAGGGAGGUCUACCCAGAUCUCUGAGUCUGAGAUCCUUCAAAAGCACUCCCUUUCAGGCCCUUCAGCCCAGGUCCACCUGGACACAUCUGCAAAGGAGAAGGAAGAGGAAGGAGAGGACAAGGAGCAGGUGGAUGCCACUUACAGUACCGCACACACAGCUCAGCCUGGACACCAGCUGGGCAAGAAGAAGGGGAAGAAAGGAGUUAGCCGUUAUGCGGUCCAACCAGAGGUCCCCGCUCAGCAGACAGAGAUGGUGGAAGUGGCUAAGGCAAUGCACAGAAAGAAGUUCAGUGCUCAGGCAAAUUAUCUUUUCCAAUGGGAGAAGAAUGCAACCCUGAAUGCCAUCCAGACAGGUCUCCAUAUUGGCUGGCGCUGCCCCCAUUAUCUAUGGGACUGUUUCCAAAUUGGAGAUGAAUCCAAAUGCUUUUGUGGACACUUGUUGAGAGAGCACCAGAUCGUCUCAGACAUAUCUGUGCCCUGCAAUGUGGGCCAGUGCCGCUGCCUCAUGUUCUGCUUUAUCCCAUCGCGCCCAGAGGAGGUGGGUGAGUUCUGGCUUAAAAGACGAGCUACCUUUGACCCUAAGGCCUGGAGGGCCCAAUGUCGCUGCAAACACAGCCAUGAAGACCAUGCAGCUACUGGGUCCCAUUCCUGCAGGGUGAAAGGCUGUUGCUGCAACUGCUUUGAGUCUAAUUUCCUCUGUGCGGCCUGUGACCGGCGCUGGGAGGAACAUGAGACUUUCUUUGAGACUGAGGAGACCCGGCGACGAGGAGGGAGGCCUCACGGGACAGACACUGUCAACACCUGGCACAAGCCUCUCUGAGCCUGGCUCGAAUCAGCAAUAAAGAAAGGGGAAGCCA